CGAGCGUUUUCUCAGUCACUCCUUCUAGCCCCUGGGUGCAGGGUGAGUUGCUCCACGUGCAGAGCUUUUCCUGGGGAACAGGGCGAGGAGCUGUUACCCUGACUGCAGUCCCCAAGUGGCCACCGUGGAGCUGAGGAGCUUGCCCCAUGUGUGCAGGGUGGCCCAGACUUCAUCCUCUGAGCAGGGUGACUGGCAGAGAGUGUGGCUUCCCCAGCUCAGGUCCCCUGUCCCCAUCCCUGUCUGACUGUUCCCUUGCUUGCAGGUGGACAGUGAUACCAUCUGGAAUGAGCUGCAUUCCUCCAAUGCAGCCCGCUGGGCCGCAGGCAGCGUCACCGAGUUGGCCUUCAAAGUGGCCAGCAGGGAGCUGAAGAAUGGUUUUGCUGUGGUGCGGCCGCCCGGACAUCACGCAGAUCCAUCCACUGCCAUGGGGUUCUGCUUCUUCAACUCGGUGGCCAUUGCCGCCAGGCAGCUGCAGCAGAAAGGGAAACUCAACAAGAUCCUCAUAGUGGAUUGGGAUGUUCACCACGGCAAUGGGACCCAGCAGAUCUUCUACAGGGACCCCGAUGUUCUCUACAUCUCUUUGCAUCGUCACGACGAUGGAAACUUCUUCCCUGGCAGCGGGGCUGCUGAUGAGGUUGGUGCUGGCCCUGGUGAGGGAUUUAAUGUCAACAUAGCCUGGACUGGAGGCCUUGACCCCCCCAUGGGUGACCCUGAGUAUCUGGCGGCUUUCAGGACAGUGGUGAUGCCAAUCGCACACGAAUUCUCCCCUGAUGUGGUGCUGGUAUCAGCUGGCUUCGAUGCAGCUGAUGGCCACCCACCACCCCUGGGCGGCUACAAAGUCUCUGCUAAAUGUUUUGGCUACAUGACCAAACAGCUGAUGAGCCUGGCUGGGGGAGCCAUCGUCCUGGCACUGGAAGGAGGCCACGACCUCACAGCCAUCUGCGAUGCAUCCGAAGCCUGCGUGUCAGCCUUGCUGGGCAAUGAGCUGGACCCUCUCCCAGAAGAAAGCAUGCGGCAGAAGCCCAAUGCCAACGCCGUGCGCUCCUUGGAAGCGGUGAUCCAGGUCCAGAGUAAAUACUGGGUGGCUGUGCAGCGCUUCGCCUCCAAGCUGGGCUGCUCCUUCCUGGAGGCUCAGCACCACGAGGCAGAAGAGGUGGAGACGGUCACAGCCUUGGCCUCCCUCUCGGUGGCUGUGAUGGUGGAGAAGAGGCCACAAGAUGAGCCUAUGGAGGAGGAGGAGCCCAUGAACCAGUGAUGAGCGGUGAUGUUCUCUGCUCCCCUGCUUCCAGGACGUGGUUGGACUCUUCCUGAGCCCAGUGCUCGCUCUUCACUCCUGGCUUCCCAUUUGCCACUCACUCCCUGAGUCACAGUCCUGAAGGGGGCUGGACCUUUGGCUGCCACGCAUCCAAGAAAGGAUGCUCCUGCAGCCACCCUGGAGAUGGCCUCCUGCUCGGGACAGAUGGAAAACAUCAACCUCCCUCUGCACAGCACGGUGCUGCCAUCCUACACUGUGCCUGCAAUCAAUCCCCAACCUUCAGAACCUGAAAUCUUUCUUGGGGAUGUGCAAGAGGCCGCCGGCCCUCUGGUGCAGACCUGCCCUUCUCCUGAGAUCUUCCUCAUGUUUGGGGAACGGGUGGGUGUUGGGAUGGAUGUUGUGGCCACACCAUCAGAACUGCACCCAGAGCUCAUCUGCAGUCAGCUGUGCCUUGGAGCAGCAGCCCUCUGUCUUGCUUGAGAGGGACAGGCUCUCAAAGGCCUCCCCAGUGCUCCUCUUCCUCUCCGGUAGGGUACAAGGUGGGAGCAAGAGUGCCAGUGCUAUGGGCUGUGACCUCGUUCUGCACAGGAAGGGUUUGGAAAGCAUUGGAUGAUGCACCCAUUGCUUUGCAGCUGGGGAAGAGCAAAGGCUGGAGUGCCUGCAGUGCCCAGGAUUGCACCCGUGGGACAUCUUAACCACUAACCAGAGAGCAAACCCUCUGGUGCUGGGGCUCUGAUUUGCACUAUAUACAUAUGAGAUGUGCUAAUGUGAA